CUUGUGUUAUUUCCACUUCGUCAACCCCUUCGCCUCCGCCGCCGGCGACCGGCGGAUGGCCGCCUCCCGCCGCCUCGCGCGGAAGCUCCCGUCUCUCAUCUCCAAGCACCAGCGGCUCAUCACGCCGGAGGUCGACGUGCAGGAAGACGCUGAGAGCCCCGCGUCGUCGUCCAUCCCGCUCGACCCGUCCCUGCCCAUCCUCCCGCUCGCCGUCUCCCACCUGUCGCCGCCGAGCCCCCUCCCGGCGCUCCCCUCCGCGCACGCGUCCACUCCGGAGGCCCUCCUCCGCAUCCUCCGCCACGCGCGCCACCACCCGCGCCUUGCGGCGCUCGACCUCCACCUCCUCCUCGCGGCCGCGUCUGACUCCCCGGCCUUCCGCCCCGACCACCGCCUGACGUCCCUGCUAGCCGCCCGCCUCGCGGACUCCCGCCGCCUCCCCUCGCUCCGGCGCCUCCUCGAGCUCGUCCUCUCCCGCCCAUGCCCCUGCACCGACGACUCCAUCUUCGCCUGCCCCGAGCUCCUCCCCACAUUCCGCAAGGCCAUCCUCGCCUUCGCCGCAUCCGGCGACAUCCCCGCCGCGUCUGACGCCCUCGCAUCCCUCCGCCGCGCCGCUGAUUCACCUCUCCCCGCCGAGUUUUACAACAUCAUCCUCCACGCCCUUGCUCGCCUCCGCCGCCACGAGGACACCAUCCGCUUCUACGGCGAGAUGACCUCCACCCACCGCGUCCCUCCGGAUGUCUAUACCUUCAACAUACUCAUCAACAGCUCCUGCCGCGCUGAAGGCGUUGAUGCUGCAAUGCGCUGGUUUCAGGAGAUGCGACGCUGUUGCUGUCAACCGACCAAUGUGAGUUUCAACACUCUAAUGCGUGGGUUCUUCAGAGAAGGAAGGUACAAGGAGGGCAUUAAGGUUGCACGCGAGAUGCUUCAGCUUGGGUUUGGGCUGUCGGUUGCAUCCAUGGAGAUCCUGAUCCAUGGGCUGUGCCAUGGUGGCGAGGCUCUGAUUGCAGCUGAGUUUUUUGUCGAGUUUUUGGUCGAUGGGGUGGUGCCGGAAGGUUUUGAUUGCUUGAAUUUGGUUCAGUCUCUGUGCCGUGCUCGGAGGUUGGAGAAGGCAGUGGAACUGGUGGAGUUGAUACUGGAGAGGAAUAUGUUAUCCUGCUUGAGUGUCCCUGCUGGUGUAACGGUUUUGGAGUCCGUUGUGAAGGAGGGCAAACUGGACGAAGCAUGCCGGUUGAUGGCCAGGAUGGUUGCCGAGGGGAUAGUUCCGGAUACCAUUUCUUGUAACUAUAUCUUUGAGGCACUUUGUGAAGCUAGGAGGACAGUGGAUGCAAACAGGCUGAGGCUGCAGGCCAAAGAGAAAGGUUUUAAGGCUGAUGCUUUUACAUAUAGCAUUCUUGUGCAGGGCUUUGGGAGGCAGGGUAUAAGGAAGGAGGGGAAGGCUGUAUUGGAUGAAAUGCUUGAUUCAGGGUUUGUACCAAACAUCACAGCUUACAAUAGGCUGCUUGAUGGCUUACAUAUGGGGAGGGACAGGAGGUCUUUGCAAUUACAAGAAAAAUGUUCAAGGCAUGGGGAUGCAGCGAGCUGAAAGAAUAUCAUAGAGAUGAAGCUAGCUUGGAUCUCGGAGAGAUGCUAUAUGGUACCUUAUCAAUUGCUCUGGUGCAGGUUGGAAUUUUACGAAAGAUUUCAACUGAAAUAUUUCUGAUUAUGCCUUAACACUGCAAAAUCUUAAUUGUGUCACACUUAUGCAAUCUUAGUCAAUGUGCCUCUACAUCAUAUCUGGCUAUCUGCUAGCAGAAACUUGAGGUCAGGGACCAAUCAUCACUGCACCAAUCUCCAAUUCAGCAUGGAAAUUUCGUGCAGGAUCAAACCUGAGGAUUUAGCACCCAGAAGGUCUGCCAGACUGCCAUACUCACUAGCCAGGCCUGAGCUGCAGAUGGCCACUGCCUGGUGAGCUCCAUGCUGAAGUUGUCCUCGUCCUGUUACACGCCUCGAAGGCCCGAACACCACCUCCUCAUGCUACUCCGCUGCUCACUUGGAGUGGGAAGCUGCCGUUGACCUGCUACUCAAUAUAUGAUGGUUACUGCUGCUGUGGUGUCAGAUGUUCCCUCAUGCUAACACGCUGGUGAUGUGAUUAGGUGGCCGUGGUGCCAUGGCAAGCAGGCAAGGUGGAAACAAUGAUCGCUGAUGGGAAUGAGAUAGGAAGCCAAGAGUACCGCAAAAGCCUGAGAAACUUUUAGGUAAAAAGAUAUGAGGAACAGAGGAAGGAAUCCUCUGCCUGCGACUAUGACGAGCAAUUUCCCCGGAAGCUUUACCUUCGCCUCACGCCCUCACCCAAAAAUUCAGUGUCGCAUCAGGUACCAAAAGGUUUUGGCAAAUAUAUUCUGUCAAUAUUCACAAUGUUAAUAUUUUAGUUAGGCUUGUCCAGAACGCGUGGCUAUCCCAUUGGCUGUAUCUUCCUUGUGCGGUUGGCCAUUGCAUCCAACUGUCAUUUUUAUGUUAUUGUUUGCUUUAUCUGUUAAUAUAGGGAGGAACAAACUAUAUGAGAAAUUUGAACUAAAGCAAAAGCUAGUUUGCCCUCCUUUGCGUCUAUUGUGAAGUAUGCUUAACUUCACAGAACAAAAGCUUUUCGAUUAGAAGCACACGUAGCUAUUAUAGGGUUAGUUAGAUUCAUGCUAUCAUGUAAGGGUGGUUUAAAAAUAAGCCACUACAAAGGCUAAAACCGGGUGACUGCAACUAAGACUAUUGUAAAAUGUGAACAUGCCAUUAUGUAUGUCUCAAUUACCCUUGGACCAACAUUUUGCAUACGAUAUUUAUGGACCAUAUUGCCCUCUUCUUCAACACUUCUUCCUCAUGU